AUGAACACGAAUCAGUCUCUGUUAGGUCAGUUACUGAUGCAUGCCCACAAGGUGUUUGCCAUAAUGUCUAUGUUAGCUUUUCACCCAGAUGAGACUACUUUUGGCUACCUUGCCUGUCGAUAUGCACCAAAAGGACUCGAGAACAAGAUAAUUGAACUACAAGACUUGGAAUUUAGGUUCUGUUUUACUACUAAAUCAAUGUUUAUUUGUGAUGGCUGGUUAGCAACUAUUCAGCUUGUUAACAAUCUCAUCAAAGAUGGUUUGACAACCAAAGCAGAAACUCUAUUUGGCAUGUUAUUGAAGCUGGGAAUAUUUAAGAGGACAUGUUUGCUAAUGAGGUGGCCAAUGCUAAUGCUCGAGUCUCUAGUCCAAAGGCUAAAUGAGAAUCUAAUCAGAACACAAGUUCUUUUGGCAUCACAUCUGCAGCUUCAGCUGAAUCUUGAAGGUUCCAUGGUCUGUAAUCCAAGUGGUCUAGAUACUGAAGAACCACUGCCAGUAGCAGUUUUCGCCUUGACAACCUGUGAAUUGGGUUCUCUUAUAACCCACGCUUCUGUUGCUGAAGCUUUGUGGGAUGAUGAAGAUACAAAAAGUUUUUAUGAAUGUUUACCUAAUCUCAGGGCGUUUGUUCUUGCUGUGUUAUUGGGAGAAGUAGAGCAAAAAGGGAAUGAUCAGUCAUCAAAAGCAUCAGAUCAACCAAGUGACUCAACAACACCUGAGUCUGAUCAGAUUGUUGCCCAAGACACUGCAGAGACAUCUGUAAGUGAGAAAAAGAAAGAUGAUGACGAAAAAGAUAAAGGAAAAGAAAAAGAAAAAGAAAAAGAUGAUGAAAUAAAAGCUGAAAUUGAAAAAGAGAAGCUUCGAGGUCCUGAAGGAACCAACUUAGACGGCUUAAUACAGAGGCUUCCUGGCUGUGUGAGCCGUGGCUUAAUUGACCAACUGACUCUUCCCACAAAAAAACUCGUACGCGCUUUGUUCAACGUGCCCAGAACAUCUCUGGAACUGCUACCCUACUAUUCGCGAAUGGUUGCCACACUGUCAACUUGUAUGAAGGAUGUCCCUUCUAUGCUCUUGCUGUAUUUGGAAGAAGAAUUCAACUCUCUGAUAAAUAAAAAGGAUCAAAUGAACAUCGAGACAAAGAUCAGGAACAUUCGAUUUAUUGGCGAGCUUUGUAAAUUCAAAACCGCACAAGUUGGGCUCGUUUUCAGCUGCCUAAAGGUUAUGUUUUAUGGUUUAGCUGUGGUGACAUUUGGUACUGCUGUUCCAGCUGGCCAAUUUGUUCCAGGUAUAAUGAUUGGAUCUACAUAUGGACACCUUGUUGGCAUGUUUGUUGUUAGACUCUAUGAAAAGCUCAACAUUGAAGAAGGAAUAUAUGCUUUGCUUGGAGCUGCCUUGUUUGUAGGAGGUUCAAUGAGAAUGGCAGUCUCACUUUGUGUUAUUAUGGUUGAAAUUACAAAUAAUUUAAAGCUCUUACCUCUUAUCAUGCUUGUUCUCCUCAUAUCAAAAUUGAUAGGUUUGUUACUUCACUCGUGUGGUGAAAGUUGCUGAUGUAGCCGCUAUUCUGAGGACUAACAGUCACAAUGGCUUCCCUGUAUGUCUGUCAUUUUCCAUUUCCUCUUCCCUUCAAGAAAAAAAGUUAAAAGUUACAUCUCUACAAUAACAACACAUGACAUUUAGGUUGUAGAUCAGUCACGAAGUGGAGAAACAAUGUAGCAGGCAGGCUUAAGAAGUUUAUAUGUUUGUGAUACAGUCACUUGUUGGUACUUCUGCAAUCGAAAGCAGAUUUUCAGCAUAGCCCAUCAAGUAGGCACGGUCUUAGCGACUUUGUGAAGCCUGUUUCUAGUAAAGGACUAUCAAUAUCUGAUAUCCAUCUAACUCCAGAUGAUUUGGAAAUGUACAUAUAUAGUUGUUGGCAUGGCUAGAAGCUUUGGAGGAAACGAGACUCAAGCAAAAGUAAACACACAGAGAGUUGUUGGCACAUAGUAAGCUAGAUGAUGCAAUUGUAUAUAAAUGAGUUCAUUUUUUUUAUAACGUUUACUCACUUUUGGAAUAAUUAUUUGUAUAUGACAUAUUAGUGAAAUGAAUUAUCUUUGUUAUUUAUGA